AUGGCACUACAAAGGCGUAACAUUGUGCCAAUCAUCAUCAUCAUUCUCUCUUUUGUUUCAUGUUACACCAGCCUUCAUGAUGACCCACCAGGACCACUACUUCAUAAUUAUCUUCAAGAAGAAUCUGGAUACGACUCUCAAGCGUACCCUUCGUAUUUCAGCACCAUUGAAGACACCAAGUUCGAGAGCUUGGUUGAGCUUGAAACUGAUACCUAUGAUUGGAGGACGUUCGAGACGCUUGCAGCUCCGGCUAAAAUGAUUAAUGUAGACGAUUUUGGAGCCAAAGGCGAUGGAACUGAUGACUCAGAGGCAUUUCAGAAGGCUUGGCAGGAAGCUUGUUCAUCGACAGGAGCUGUGUUUGUGGUGCCCCAGAGAAAGAACUACCUUCUUAAGCCAAUUAGAUUCUCAGGUCCUUGCAAAUCUUCACUUACAAUGGAGAUUUUUGGAACCAUUGAAGCAUCUGGGGAUCAAUCGGACUACAAAACAGAUGAGAAACACUGGAUCAUCUUUGACAGUGUCCAAAAUCUAAUAGUUGAAGGAGGUGGAAUUAUCAAUGGCAAUGGGAAGAUAUGGUGGCAAAAUUCCUGCAAAAUCAAUAAAUCUCUUCCAUGCAAGGAUGCACCAACGGCUUUAACCUUCUAUAAGGGCAAGAACUUGAUUGUGAAGAACCUGAAGAUCCAAGAUGCACAACAAAUUCAUGUUUCUUUUCAGAAAUGUGUGAAUGUUCAAGUCUCUAAUCUCAUUGUGACUGCGCCAGAGAAGAGCCCCAACACUGAUGGAAUCCAUGUCACANAGAUCCAAGAUGCACAACAAAUUCAUGUUUCUUUUCAGAAAUGUGUGAAUGUUCAAGCCUCUAAUCUCAUUGUGACUGCGCCAGAGAAGAGCCCCAACACUGAUGGAAUCCAUGUCACAGACACCCAAAACAUCCAGAUUUCUAACAGUGUCAUAGGAACAGGGGAUGAUUGUAUUUCAAUUGUAAGUGGAUCCCAGAAGGUACAGGCUAUGGACAUAACCUGUGGACCAGGUCAUGGAAUCAGUAUUGGAAGCUUAGGAUCUAAGAAUUCAGAAGCUUAUGUUUCUGAUGUAACGGUGAAUGGAGCUACACUUUUUGGAACAACAAACGGAGCGAGGAUAAAGACAUGGCAGGGAGGAUCUGGAAGUGCCAGCAACAUAAAGUUUCAGAACAUAGUCAUGCACAAUGUAACCAACCCUAUAAUUAUAGACCAAAAUUACUGUGACCAAGCUUCACCAUGUACAAAACAGGGCUCAGCUGUUCAAGUCAAAAAUGUGGUUUACCAGAACAUUAAAGGAACAAGUACUUCAGAUGUGGCCAUAAAAUUUGAUUGCAGUGAGAGCUUUCCUUGUCAAGGAAUUGUGCUACAAGAUAUCGACCUAAUAAGAGAAUCAGGUGGAGCAGCCAAAGCUACGUGCAGCAAUGUCAACCUAAAUGAAAUAGGAGCUGUUUCCCCACAGUGCCCUUGA